CAGUUGUCUGAAGGCUGAAGUUGAUUAGUCCGUUGAAGUGAUUGAAGGUUAAAGUGACAGCGAUAGUGUAUUCGUUUUACGAUCUAUUUCUGACGAUAUUUUUAACAACAUAACUGCGGAGAAAUAAUAAACCAUGCAGCAUUUCACUAUUUUUAUGGAUAUCGAAAGUUCCCGUUCUUAUAUAGACGAAUUAUAUUCUAUCGAAGAUAUGAAGAUUUUGGAUGCUCUCAUUGCACUAAAAAAUUCAGUCAUUGGUAGUAAUCGUCAGAAAAGCUCCGUCAUUCAACAAGGGAUUGUACCUCGGUUGUUGCAGUUGAUGUCUGAAAAUCAUUGGGAUCCUAAUAUUAGAUUAGAGGCCACUAUUACAGUUGGUUCACUAGCAAAAGGUACUCCAGAGAAUGUCACAGCAUUAGUAGAGCAAGGUGCCGCUGUAACCAUAGUGGAUUUACUUAGAGAAGUACCAAUAGGAACAAAGUUAGCUGAAGCAUGUCUUUGUGCAUUAAGGAGUAUAUUCUUGAAUCCACCAGCACCAAUAUCUUCAGUGCCUGCGGAGAUGAUACUUUUGACAAGGUUUACCCAAAUAGCCAAAGAGGGAUCACCAACAUCCCGAGCUUGUGUUGUACGCAUCCUAUCAAUAUGGUGUGGAGGGCCCAUAGAGCAGGAGGCACUAUGUGCAGCUGGAGCGUGUUCAGCUGUUGCCACAUUAUUAGCUCCCAAAGGGGUUACUGCACCUCCAAUAGCAAGGGUGCUGCCAGCGCUGGACUUGCUAGCCGCAAUGUGUUUUGAGAACGCUAAUGUGUCACAAGUUGCUUUGAAUACCAGAUACGGAGAUAAAACAAUCCCAGAACUAUUAACUCUUCUAGUUUCGAGGGAUAAACCACUUCCAGUAGCGAUGGGUGCUGCACGAUGUCUCACUUUUAUCCAUAGAGCUGGAGCUUUGACCGCUGAUGACAACAGGGUAGUAUUUGGAGCGUUGCCAUGUCUAGCUCGCUUGUGCACUAAAGAUAUGCCAGAAGACAUAAGGGCCACCGCCGCCGAAACUUUGGCGUAUUUGGCUGAGGUGGACACGUCGCUCCAGAGGCUGGCGGCCAUAUCGAACCACCUGAUGAGCUCGCUGGCGGACAUAGUGACGUGCCCGUCGGCGGCGGCCAAGCAGGGCGCCUUCAAGUGCUUCGCGUCGCUCGGCGCCAACGACGAGGACAUACGCAAGCGGAUCAUCGAGACGCACGGCCUGAUGGUGCACGUCGUCAACGGCAUGAACAACCCGGAGCCGUCUGUAAGGCUAGCUGCGGUGCGCUGUCUGCAUUCUCUCUCAAGAUCCGUUCAACAACUUAGAACUACAUUUCAAGACCACGCCGUAUGGCGGCCGCUGAUGCAGCUGCUGAACGACGCGCCCGGCACCGAGCUGCUGACCGUCGGCUCGUCCACUCUCUGCAACCUGCUGCUCGAGUUCUCGCCGGCCAAGGAGCCCAUGUUAGAUCAAGGAGCCGUAGAGAUGCUUUGUAGUCUAACAAAGAGGCCGGAAGCAGCGUUGAGACUGAAUGGAAUAUGGGCGUUAAUGAAUAUGGCCUUUCAGGCGGAACAAAAAGUAAAGCAACGAAUAUUAUGCUGUUUAGGCACGGAGCAGAUGUUCCGUCUGCUCGGCGACGGCGACACGCGCGUCAUCAUGAAGACGCUCGGGCUGCUGCGCAACCUGCUCUCCACGCGCCAGCACAUCGACGCCAUCAUGGGCGAGUACUCCUCGCAGGUCAUGCAGGCAGUGAUAGUAGUGUUGGAAGGUUCGUAUCCGGCGGAAGUAAAAGAGCAGGCGCUUUGUAUCCUUGGGAAUAUUGGAGAUGGGGAGAAAGCUAAAGAUCUCAUUAUGGCCAAUGAAGAUGUGCUGAGGAAACUGGUGGAUUACCUGGCGCACCCGGAGAGCAAGCUGCAGGAGGCGGCGCUGUUCGUGGCCGGCAACCUGGUGUGGCGCGGCGAGGCGGGCUGCGCCGCGCGCCAGGCGCGCCUCGCCGACCUCGGCGUGCUGCGCGCGCUCAAGCUGCUGCGCCAGCGCCAGGACGCCGCGCACCUGCACGACAAGGUGAAAACGGCUCUAGCACAGUUCAACGAAUUUACAUAAACACGAGAGACAUAUACCUGAAUACUUGUGAUCAGUCUUCGGCAGUGAGUUAUCGAGUCAGUGUAGAUUAAGUAUUGUACAUAGAUAAGCAACUUGUUAUCGGAUAAGAGUGAACGUCAGAGUCGAAGUGAUUUUUUUUUCUCCUGUAAGUAAGUGUGCUGACUUUGACUUCGCUUUGAUACUAUUUAUUUUAGUUUAUCAUGUUCGUUCGUUUCGCUCAAUCUCGUGACUCGUCAACC